AUGUCGAAAGAUCCAUUGAUCCCGCGUUCAAAAUCUGUUCCCUGCAGGAUAUCAGAAACUCAAAAUGUCAGAUCAACAAAUUCAGAUGACUCAUUGAAACCAUCAUGGCAUAAAAAAGUCGAUGAGGAAAGAAAGAGAGGGUCAUCGUCUUCAAAAAACUCGAGGAGUAAUAACCUCGAUGAAUUCAACAAAAGAAAUGCAAUUCAAGAAGAAAAGAGAUACUCUGCAAGAAGUCCAUAUUACAAAGGACUUACUGAUUCAUCCAAAGAGAUUAAUCGACAGAAGUCGUUAGCAGGUAGUACUCCUGGGAAAGAUAGCAGCUUAUCAGCUUCUUCAACAAGUAACAGUUCUAAAUCAAAUUUAGCUAUCAAGGUACAAGAGUGGAGUGCAUCUUACUUUGUUCGCAAAGGCAAAGAAGAACGAGCAUCCUCCUUGUUGAAUGCUUCUUCGGGGAACAAGAACAUCCGUGAUCCUUCUUCAUCUGAGACAAAAGUAAUCAGAACGACAAUCGGAGAAGAACUUGGUAUACAUUCAAAAGGAGUAAGAAGAAGAAGCAAAAGUAGAAUUUCACAAUUAGAUCAGGGGAAGCCUUUGAGGGAGAGAGCAUCAGAAAUGCAAACAAAUAAUAUAGUACUACUACCUGCAGCCCCUGCCCCUGCACCUGCACCGCUAGUAACAUCACCGAUAAAAUUGUCAUUACCAUCUCCACCACCAACUCCAUUAAUAUUACAAACAUCGCAAGACGAAGAAAUUGAAUCAGUACUACUACCAUUACCAGCUUCAUCAACUCAAAAUGUCGACGAUGAAAAAGAUACCACAAAUGUGAAAGAUAUGACAGUUCCUGAAAAACAGAUUGACAAAAGAUUUACAUGGGCUGACAAGUAUAGGCCUAAUGCUCUUAAAGAUUUUCUAUGCAAUCGAAAUAUUGCACUGGAAUUGAAGGCUCUGGCAGAAACAGAUAGUAGUAUUCGCCAUUUCAUAUUUGCAGGACUGCCAGGAGUAGGGAAAAGAACCAUGAUAUUUGCUCUGCUUCGUAAAAUUUAUGGACAUGAUAAAGUACAGGCAAGAGAUAAGUGCAAGGUGUUCCACUUAAAGGUAUCAAUCCCCUACCAUCUUUCUUUCUAUUGUAUUUCUUUCGAUAAGUUAGGCAUACAAAACUCGGAAACUAAGGUUCAGAGGCCACAAAAUAGGAAGAUAGUGAAAGUAGCUUAUUCUCAAAAUGCAUUUCAGGGAGAAUCAGUUCCCAGCAUCAAAGUAAAUGUGAAGGAAUCGAACAAACAUGUUGAGAUCAAUCUCUCUGAAACUAAAGGCUAUGAGAAACAUGUCCUAGUACAACUAAUCAAGGAGAGAAAGCACAAAUCAUCCAGCAGAUCUGCACCUCCAAAUCCUGAUAAUUGUAAAGCUAUCAUUCUUGGUGAGGCAGACAAGCUAUCGACAGACGCAUUGUUAUAUAUCAAAUGGAUGAUAGAGAGAUAUGAAGGUUGUUAUAAGGUCUUCUUUUGCUGCAGCGAUAGCACAAAGCUCCAGCCAAUUAAGUCUAUUUGCAAAGUUUUUCAUCUUCAAAAACCUUCAGAUGAUGAGAUUGUAGACGUCUUGAAAUUCAUAGCACAACAGGAAGGAAUAGAACUACCACACCAAAUGGCAGUGAGGAUUGCUAGUAACUCUAAAAGUAACCUACGCCAAGCAAUUCGCUCUUUUGAAGCUACCUGGCACUUCAACACUUCCUUGACUGAAAAUCAAGAAAUCAAGACAGGGUGGGAAGACGACAUUGCAAAGAUCGCUAAAAACAUAAUUGAAGAGCAAAGUCCAAAGCAGCUAUACGAUAUCCGUGGGAAAUUGCAGAAUUUGAUAGAGCACAAUGUAUCUGCUGAGUUCAUCUUUAAUACUGUGUUUGAAGAACUAAAGAGUAAUUUGGAUGACCAGUUCCACAAAGACAUGGACAUUCUGAAAAUGAAGUAUAAUAUAAAUUCAAGUGAUCACGAUCAGGGUAAAAGUGAUAACGAUGCAGUAAAAAAGAUUGUUCACAAAUUUAUGAAAAUUGAAGAGUUCACAGCUAAAUUCAUGAGCUGGUAUAAGAUUUUUGUUCUGAAGAAAGGAAAUCAGAACCCCAUCCUCAGCAAAGGGGAUAUAUAG